AUGGAGCUAAUAUCAAGGCCAAUGAAUAGCGUGAGAAGACUCUGUAAAGUUUGUAAGAAGAGAAACCACAAUGAAGGAGCCAUUAUGGUUGGGGACCAAAUUAUAGCAUUUGGAGUACAAAAGCUCUUGGAGCUACUGUCCCAAGAAUACGAGAAAUUUCAGGGAGUUAAUGAUCAAGUUACUGAUUUAAAACGUGAUCUAAGUUUGUUAAGCUCUUUCCUAAAAGAUGCAGAUGCAAAGAAACAUACAAGCGCGGUGGUGAAAACUUGUGUUCACGAUAUAAAUGAAAUUAUCUAUGAUGCAGAGGAUAUAAUCGAAACCUUUCUUUUGAAUGAAGAAAUCGGAAAAACAAGCUUCGGAAAGCGUGUAAGAAAAUUUGCUUUCACUAUAGUGGAUCGUGGGAAAGUUGCGUCUAAUAUUGGAGGCAUAAGUAAGAGGAUUUCCAAAGUGAUUCGAACUAUGAAAAGUUUUGGAGUACACGAGAUGAUUGUUGAUGGUAGCCGUUAUUCACAUACCCUACAAGAAAGACAAAGGGAGAUGCGACAAGAAUUUGCUAGGGGUUACGAAAGCAAUUUUGUGGGGCUAGAAACAAAGGUAAAGAAAUUGGUUGGAUAUUUCGUGGAGGAAGAUAACAUUCAAGUUGUUUCUAUAACUGGGAUGGGUGGUGUUGGUAAAACCACUCUUGCCAGACAAGUUUUUCAUCAUGAGAUGGUUAAACAUAAGUUUGAUGGACUCGCAUGGGUGCCUGUUUCACAAGAGUUUACCCGGAAGCAUUUGUGGCAAACAAUCUUGCGGGAACUUAAACCCCAUGUAGAGAAAAAUAAAAUCUUGGAGAUGACAGAAUCAAUGCUCCAAGACGAACUAUUUCGUUUCUUGGAAUCAUCUAAAUCAUUGAUUGUGCUAGAUGACAUAUGGAAAGAAGAAGAUUGGGACCGAAUCAAGCAAAUAUUUCCACCGGGAAAAGGUGACCUUUUUAUGGUGCUUAGUAAAAAGAAAGAUGAUAACAAGUCAUACUCAUUAUGCACUUUGUGUUUGGAGAUUAUGAAAGGAACAUAUUUUUUUACAGGUUGGAAGGUGCUACUUACUUCUCGGAAUGAGAGUGUCGCAGUACGCGGUGAUACAACAUUUAUCAACUUUAAAUCACAAUGCCUAAGUACUGAAGAGAGUUGGACACUUCUUCAACUAAUAGCAUUUCCAAAGAAAGAUGCAUCCGAAUUUAUGGUUGAUGAGGAAAUGGAAGAGAUGGGUAAGGAAAUGAUAAAACAUUGUGGGGGGUUACCUUUGGCUAUCAAAGUGUUAGGAGGUUUUUUAGCUGCAAAAUAUACAAUUCAUGAUUGGAAAAGAGUAUUUAAGGAUAUUGGAUCUGGUAGCAUGGGAAGAACCAAUUUAAAUGACGAUAACAACAGUUUGGUAUACCAUGUAUUGUCUAUGAGCUUUGAAGAGUUGCCUAGUUAUUUGAAGCAUUGCUUCCUCUACCUAGCCUAUUUUCCCGAAGAUGAUGAAAUAGAUGUGUCAACUUUGUCAUAUUAUUGGGCUGCAGAAGGAAUACUCAAACCUAGGAAAUAUGAUGGAGAGACCAUUCGAGAUGUUGGAGACAGCUACAUAGACGAGUUGGUGAGGAGGAAUAUGGUUAUUUCUGAAAGAGAUAGUAGGACUUCGAGAUUUGAAACUUGUAAAUUGCAUGACACUAUGAGAGAACUCUGUUUGUUAAAAGCCAAAGAGGAGAACUUCCUACAAAUUGCCGGUACCCGCUCCCCGAUCGUAGACUCUCAAUCUCCUUGUAGAUCUCGUAGGCUUGUGUGCCAAUCUCCUACUAACUUACAUGUUGAGAGAGACAUAAAUAAUUGUAAACUUCGAUCUCUCCUUAUUGUCUUGGAUUUCUAUGGUGAAAGUUGGAUGCUAUCAGGUUCAAGCUUUAAGAGAUUAGAACUUCUCAGGGUGUUAGAUCUCUAUAAAGCGGAGUUUCAAGGAGGGAAGUUGCCUAAGGACAUUGGAAAGCUCAUCCACUUAAAAUACUUAAGCUUAAGAGAGGCUAAGGUAUCUCAUCUACCUUCUUCUCUAGGAGACCUAAUUUUGCUGAUCUAUCUUAAUAUAAAUGUAUAUAUUGGCAUUGGCAAUAUGGAAUCUAUAAUUGUGCCAAAUGUUUUGAUGGGGAUGCAAGAAUUAAGAUACCUUGCAUUACCAACUUGUAUGAGUAAGGACACGAAGUUGGAAUUGAGUAAGCUAGUAAACUUGGAGACCUUGGAAGAAUUCACAACAGAGAACAUCAACAUAGAGGAUCUUCGUGGUAUGGUCAGGCUAAGGACUCUUGUGAUGACUUUAACUAGUGACACUACUGUGGAAACUCUAUAUGCAUCAAUAGGUGGACUUAGACACCUGGAAAAUCUUGAGGUAGCUGAUCACAGGUUUGACAGCAAGGAGGGACUUGUAUUGGAUUUCGUUCAUCUCAAAAAGUUGAGUUUGCGUAUGUAUAUGCAAGGGCUUCCUAGAAUACAACACCUCCCUUCUAACCUUACAACCAUAUCUCUAGACGGUUGUGGUUUGGUGGACGAUCCGAUGCCGAUUCUAGAGAAGCUGCUUCACUUAUAUGAGGUCAAAUUAAUUUAUAACUCUUUCUGUGGGAGGAGAAUGGUUUGCUCAGGGGGUGGAUUUCCUCGAUUACACAAGCUUAGAUUAUGUGGGUUAGAAAGGUUGGAAGAGUGGAUAGUAGAAGAAGGUAGUAUCCCCUUUAUUCAUACUGUGUCUAUUUGGGGUUGUCAAAAGUUAAAGCAGGUUCCGGUUGAGCUACUAUUCAUCACUUCUUUAAAUCAUCUGAAUAUGGAUAAGAUAUGGGAGGAGAGAUUUUUGGAAGGUGGUGAAGAUUACUACAAAGUCUUGCACAUUCCUUGUAUCACUUUCCGAGCAACCUACGACGAAUGAGGCUCUAUGCAGUAACACACUAUA